GGGAAGCGAAAGAACAACUUCUCGCGAUACCAGGCGCGUGUCACUCGCUCACACCCAGUCGCCUCGAGACCGGUUGCGUCACGGGAUCACGGGACCGGAUCCAGGAAGUGAGCGGGGUCUGUGUGCAUCGGGUCCGCAGCCCAUUCCCACAGGGGCUUUUGCCAUCUCCUGACCCCGCAGUAUAGCGGCCCGGCGACCAACGUCACACGGGGUCCAAAUCGGUAUCGUGCUGCUGUGCAGCCGGUGCACGGUGCUGCGCUCCAGCCGCCCCCUCCCUGGCAUGGGCAAGUGACAGCCCGCUAGACGCUGUUACUCGGAUACCGAAGACCACUUGGACUUUGACAUGGCAGAUCAGUGAGCGCAGCGGCCGGGUUUAUUCUUCCGCAGAAAAUGCCAGAAGGGUCCAAAGACCACAACCACUGGUGGGCACUUUGAGUCCCAUCAUAUUCCAUCUUAGUCCAGCAUCAGUCCAGUCAUGGCACAGAAGAUGGCGCAUUGUCAGCAGCUUGAUAUCCAGGUAUUAAAUGAUCUUCAGCAGCGCUACCCUGAGAUUCCACUGGAAGUGGUCUCUCAGUGCAUGAUGCAGAACAACGGCAACAUUGAGGCUUGCUGCAGAGCUCUGACACAAGAAAGCUGCAAGUACCUUUAUAUGGAGGGUCAUAACCCAGAGGACAAUAGAUCAAACAGCAAUCUUUUGCACAUUAACCUUGGUAUCCAUCCAGGCGCCACUUUCCACGGAGGAGAUGGCGCACAGGUGAAUGGACGUCCUCUAGUUCAUAGCUCAAGUGAUGGGCACAUUGAUCCACAGCGCACUUCUGGCAAGCUUAUAUGUUUGGUUCAGGAGCCCCAUUCUGCUCCAGCAGUUGUGCCACAAAAUUACAACCCAUUUUUCUUGAAUGACCAGAGUCGAAACUCGCCAACUCCACCUCCACAGCCCCUUCCACAGCAAGGUGUUAAUACAUCAGCUAUGCAAGCUUCUCUGCCAACAUAUAUGCACUUACCUCGCUAUACUACUAAUCCUAUAACUGUAACUGUGUCACAAAAUAUACCUUCUGCUCACAAUGUGCCAAGAGCUUUACAGAUUCUUCCUCAAGUUCAAGGCAAUCCCUAUGGGACUCCAAAUUCUAUUUACAUAAGACAGUCCUCACAAAAUUCUCCAGGCAGGCAGACUCCUCAGAACACACCUUGGUCGCAGUCUUCUCCAGUUCCUCUCAAUAACUAUAGUCCUUGCCCUCUGCCUGUAUAUCCUCAAAAUUACCAACCUCCACCAUAUUCUCCAAAACAGUCUCCGCUUCCACAGUCUGCUUUUCAUUCCCCUCCUACAUCUCAGUGUACGUCUCCAUAUAGUUCACCACAGCAUCAAGUACAGCCUAAUCAACUAAGCCACCAGACUUCACAUGUUUUUAUGCAACCUAGUCCCUCAACUGCUUCACCUCAUACAUAUUCGCAAGCUCCACCUCCUUAUCCAAAGCCAAGCGGCCAUUCUGUAUCAUAUCUUCCCUAUGGUUCUAGCAUGAGCAAGGCUUCUAUGAACAAGAUUGAAAUUACAGUGGAAUCGCCACAAAGACCAGGAACUGCUCUGAACAGAAGUCCUUCACCAAUAAAUAAUCCAUCUUCCCAACGGAGUCCACAUUCUUCGUAUUCCUCAAAUGCACGGUCAGGUUCUCCAUCGAGAGUGAUACCUGGCCAGCCAAAGACUCCAUAUGGUGUUAACCCAUUAUAUAUAACUUACACACAACCACCAGCCUCCACUGGCUCUCCAUCCCCUUCUCCCCAUUUAUUGAUGUCCCCACCUAACCCAACUGUUUUUAAAAUUACUGUUGCCCGGGCCCCGACUGAAAACCUUUUAAAUAUUGUGGACCAGGAGCAACAUCCUGGAGCUCCAGAACCAAUACAACCUAUUUCAUUGAUGCCAAUAUCAGGUGUGGAAAAGGGAAUUCACAAAUUCCAUAGAAGUUCCAGUUCUGGCUCGGAUGAUUAUGCUUAUACCCAAGCCUUAUUAUUGCACCAGCGUGCAAGAAUGGAGAGGCUUGCAAAAGAGCUUAAAUUUGAAAAGGAGGGAUUGGAGAAGCUGAAAGCAGAAGUGAAUGGAAUGGAGCAUGAUCUAAUGCAAAGACGCCUCAGAAGAGUGAACUGUACAACAUCAAUUCCAACUCCAGAAGAGAUGACCAGAUUGAGGAGCCUAAAUAGGCAGCUCCAAAUAAAUAUAGAUUGUACACUGAAAGAAGUUGACCUGCUUCAGUCAAGAGGUAUGGGGAAGCUUGACGUGAAAGCAAUGAGCAACUUCUAUGAUAACAUAGCUCCUGGUCCUGCUGUUCCUCCCAACACAUGUAAAAAAGAGUCCUGUGAUCCUUCAUCGGGAGAAAGAAAAGCCAGAAGAAUAAGUGUGACCUCAAAAGUAAAAGCUGAGCCUCCUGAAAUUCCGAACCCUGGUGCCGGAGAUAUUGCUCACAGGCACAGAUCCGGACAGAGACCAGCAAGAGAUGAAGACUUUGAAGGGUCUCCGUGGAACUGCAAUAGCUGUACUUUUCUCAAUCACCCGGCACUAAACCGUUGUGAGCAGUGCGAGAUGCCUCGGUUCACUUGAGUUCACUGCCAGCUGCUUCACUUUGCUUGAAGUUUUUAUACAGAUACUAUCUAGCAUGCAAGAGAAAGUAAGGGACCUUACUCAACUCAGAUGUAGCAGCAAGCUGAGCCUAACAUCAGUGCUGCAAUUGGAAAGGUGUUGCUCACACGUGAGACUAAUCAAUGACAGGACAGCCCUGUUGGUGGUCUUGAAAAAAUCCCUCUACAAAUUUGUGCCUGAAUGAUGGAGGUUUCAAAAUGCUGGUCAUUUGGUUUCUUCUCCAGAAGACAGAAUGCUGUGGAGGGGCAACAAGGGUCACAGUUCUGCAGACCAAUUAUUUUGGAUUUAUGAAGUGGAAGACAGUUGAAAUGAACAAAAGAAUUCUUUCUGCUUCCCAGACGUGUCCUACUGAAUGAAGACUUUUUGGUGGGGAGCAGGUGUUGUAGUAUAAAACUAUCUUAUGAAGCAUAUUCAGAGAGAAGUAAUUGCUGCUUUCUUCAGGGUAAUUAAGUCCAUAUGAAAUGAAAAUGCUGUUCUAAUAUGUUGCUGGUGAAAUAUUGAGGUUGUAGCCUUACCUUUUUAGAUAACAUUAUCUGAUAUGAUAAUGCAGUCCUUUUUUUGUUUGUGUUGUGUCCAGCAAUCUCUAUCAUUAAACUACUGUUUAUGGUCACACUUUUAAUAUAUAACAAGCUGAAGAUGGAUAUAUUAGUGCAUGUAUUCAGUCUGUAUUCCUAUUGAAGUGAUUCCCAAAAGCUGAUCGUCACAUUCAUUGUGACCAUCUCGUAUGACUACUCAGUAAGGUUUCACGGCUCCUAUGCCAAAUACUGAUUUACUUUGGUGCGCUCUUUAGAGAUGUAUACACUAAUAUAUAUAUUUAUCACCAGUCAGGAGACAAAACUAUAUUCCUCUGUGUAUAGGACAGCAUUAUUUAUCUGUUCGCUUAAUUGUGAUAAUUCACAAAUAAGUGGACUUGUCCUGCCCUGUGUGUGAAUUUGUGUGUGUGCAUGUGCGCACACAUUGUGUUAUUCUCCUUUGUUUCUUGUACCCACUCCUUACCGUCUGUCCUCUCUCUGCCCUACCCUGCUGUCCAGCUUCCCAAGUUUAGAAAAAUGCUUGAUGUUUACAGCACAGAAGGUACUUUUGUGCCCUCAGUGAACCCACUUGAUUUUAAUUAAAAUAAAAUGCCAGAGUCAAAA